UGGCCGAGGCGGCCGCAGCGGCGUUGGCUGGGAUUGGACGGCGUUGGCGCGAACCCCUCGUCGCAGAGCGCGGCGCUCCUGAGGCGAAUUGUGAAAGGGGGAGGAGGAAGAGGCGCGCUCGGGAAACAAUAGGCGGAGGAGGCCGAGCGCGGGCGGUGCGAGGGAGAGGGGGAGCCGGCGGCCGAGGCCUGAGGUGGAUUCGGAAGCCGCGACGUCGCCCGCGCUCCUGAAGAGAUUCGGCAACAUGGCGGAUAAAGAAGCUGCUUUUGAUGAUGCAGUGGAGGAGCGAGUGAUCAAUGAAGAAUAUAAAAUAUGGAAAAAGAAUACUCCGUUCCUAUAUGAUCUUGUAAUGACACAUGCUUUGGAGUGGCCUAGUUUGACUGCUCAGUGGCUUCCUGAUGUAACCAGACCUGAGGGCAAAGACUUCAGUAUUCAUCGGCUAGUCCUUGGGACUCACACCUCUGAUGAACAAAACCACCUCGUGAUAGCCAGUGUCCAGUUGCCUAAUGACGAUGCACAGUUUGAUGCUUCACAUUAUGAUAGCGAGAAAGGCGAAUUUGGAGGCUUUGGGUCCGUUAGUGGGAAAAUUGAAAUUGAAAUAAAGAUUAAUCAUGAGGGAGAAGUGAACAGAGCACGCUACAUGCCCCAGAAUCCUUGCAUAAUUGCCACAAAGACUCCCUCCAGUGACGUCCUUGUGUUUGAUUACACCAAGCAUCCAUCUAAACCAGACCCUUCUGGUGAAUGUAAUCCAGACCUUCGUUUACGUGGGCAUCAAAAAGAAGGUUACGGUCUGUCUUGGAACCCAAACCUUAGUGGACAUUUGCUUAGUGCUUCUGAUGACCAUACCAUUUGUUUGUGGGAUAUAAGUGCCGUCCCAAAGGAAGGGAAAGUGGUUGAUGCCAAAACAAUCUUCACAGGCCACACAGCCGUGGUAGAAGAUGUUUCCUGGCAUUUGCUCCAUGAAUCUCUUUUUGGAUCUGUUGCGGACGAUCAGAAACUCAUGAUUUGGGAUACACGGUCAAACAAUACUUCCAAGCCAAGCCAUUCUGUAGAUGCUCACACGGCCGAAGUAAAUUGUCUGUCUUUCAAUCCUUAUAGCGAGUUCAUCCUCGCAACAGGAUCAGCUGAUAAGACUGUUGCUUUGUGGGAUCUCAGAAAUCUGAAGCUUAAACUGCACUCCUUUGAGUCGCACAAAGAUGAAAUAUUUCAGGUUCAGUGGUCACCACAUAAUGAAACUAUUCUGGCUUCCAGUGGCACUGAUCGCAGACUGAAUGUCUGGGAUUUGAGCAAAAUUGGAGAGGAGCAGUCUCCUGAAGAUGCAGAAGAUGGACCACCUGAGCUGUUGUUUAUUCACGGUGGUCACACUGCCAAGAUCUCUGACUUCUCCUGGAAUCCCAAUGAGCCCUGGGUGAUUUGUUCUGUAUCAGAAGACAAUAUAAUGCAAGUCUGGCAAAUGGCAGAGAACAUAUACAAUGAUGAAGAUCCUGAAGGAAAUGUGGAUCCUGAAGGUCAGGGGUCAUAGAAACCUGGCCCUGUUCUUUUCUUGGUUCUCCCUCCCCCCCAGUCCUUCUGUCCUCUCCCUGUCUUGCUCUCCCAACUUUCCUAAGAUUAUCAACUCGCAGCAAUUUUGGUGCAACAGAUACACAUGCCAUGCAUUCAAGAGUCCCCCUGUAGAUACCAUCAUUCACCCUUCCUGCUUCUUACAGAGAAAGUGAACUAUUGCUGUUGAACAUUGAGGGCACAGUCUGACAUAAACCACCAUCCAUUCUCACAGAGUAGCUUGCUUCCUGACUGACAGUUUUCCUUUUAGACUAUUGGUUGGUUGAGUUGGUGUAUGACACAAUUUGUUCCCUCUGCUACAAAAUUAGUAUUCUGCUUUUUACAUUUUUAAUACAACUUACACCUGAACUCUUGCAGUACAAACCUUUAUAAGACCUCAAUGUUAGAGGUGGAAUUCAAGAGCACAGAGUGUUCCUUUUUAUUUUGUUAAUAUUAUUAAUAUUUUUGGUCACUCUGAUUAAAAGAGUGAGCAGGGCUUUACCUCUUUGGUCUUGCAGUUCCACAUGCAGAAAAAUCCAGUGCGAGGUCAUCAUCUGCUAUUUUCACCCCUUUCCAGCUGCUGUCAAUGGUUAGAGUGAUUCUGUCUGUCCUGAUAAUUCUUGCAUUUAUUCUGCAACAAUGAAUCUUCCAUCCUUUUCCAAAGGGGCAGCUCAGGAUGUGGAUAGAAGUCUGGUGAGAGCCUAUACUUGCACAUCACUUAGUUCUUGUGUGUUUCUUGAACUGUGUUAUCCUAUUUUUUAUUUCUGUGAGUUGUGUUUUGUGUUUUAACUUGGGGGACCACCAAGUUGUAAAGAUUAUUUGUUUCAGUUGAAUGAUAGACCACAGAUGACAUGUCCGGUAACCUGGAAUCAUACUGGCAGUUGUUAAUACAUAAGGAGUAAUAUGUGUGGAAGACAGACUUUUUUCUCUUUAUCAAUACAUUUCCUGUGCGGGUGAACUGUUCCACCAGCAGCCCAUUUAUCUUUUCAUGGAGCUGUGCAAGUACUUUGGGUAAAAUAAAUCUGGUUUUCUAUGUAUGA